AUGACCGAAUUUCGCAGUUGUGGCUACAAAAUUUUAGAAGUGGUAGAGUUUGUGCCACAGUUAAACACAGAGACAGCAUCAACAUCGCUCAUCAAGUUGGAUUAUUCAACAAAUAACGGACCAUGGGAGAAAAACCCCGCUGUGUUAUCAGUUGCCACUGGCAACACCGGAAAUGCCGGAAACGCAAAUCAAACACACACUUCUUCCGCUACAACGGCCAUCAACAAUCAACAUUCAACAGCAUUAACGACAAAUGUGGUUCCUACUUCUUCCUCGUCGUCGGCUGGUGGUCAACAAAAUACCCAAUCAACCCUAAAAGCCACCCAUCAUCAGAUAAUGCAACAACUACAACAGCAACAUCAUCAACAGCAGCAGCACCACCACCAUCAACAGCAACAACAACGUCAAUUGCAGCAUCAGCAUAGUAUUGCUGCUGUAGGAAGUAAUCAUGCCCAUCACUCCCACUCGCAUAAUGUGUCACGUCAACUAACCCAUCAGCACUCACAUCCACCGCUGCUACAUGCCAUGGCUAAUACUAAUGCAAACACUACAACAACAGCAGCCCAGCAUCAUCUACAUCAACAUCAGCAUACACAUCAACAUCAGCACCAACAGCAUCAGCAUCAUCAUCCUCCCCUGCAGCAUCAUAUGUCUCUAAAUAGUGGCAAUAUAUCAACAUCUGUGGCCACUUCCUCGGCCGCCUCCUCUUCGGCCUCCUCGUCUGCGGCAGCAGCUCAUCGUCAUUGUCAAUCUUCCAGUGUCAACAACACAUCAAAUAUGGCUAAUACGGUGUCAUCAGUUAAAGUUUCCACACAUCAUCAUGCUCGUCAUCAUUUGACGCCACAACACAGAUCCCUGUCGCAACAACAUGCGGCUGCCACCCUAAGACGUCGUACACUCAGUCAUGUACCACGUUCUUAUUCAGCAUCGGCUGCCACCAGUGCCGCUUCUACGGCGGAUCAAAAUACUAACACUCUAACCUCCUCCAUGCGGGGAAGUGGCAAAAGUGGAGGUGGCAAUAAGGGACAGAAUGUUGUUGUUGUUGAGCGUUCACGUUGCCGGUCACCGAUGAUGCUGUGCCACAGUCAUAGCGAUGGUGAAUUUCCUAUGUACAAAGGCAACAUAUUUAUGACCUCUAGCAACAUGUUGAUGACCUCUAACAACAUGUUGCUGAUCUCUAGCAUCAUGUUGUUAAUCUCUAGCAACAUGUUGUUAUCCUCUAACAUGUCGCUAUCCAGCAACAUGAUGCUAGACGUUAGCAACAUGAUGCUAACCAUUAGCAACAUGAUGCUAGAGGUCAGCAACUUGUGUCUGACACUAGCAACAUGUUGCUAA